CGUUCACGUGUCACCUAGCUAACAACUUCGACGACACUUUUUGCUGCCACGCCAAUUCUGACCCAGAUUCCUCCUCGGAUCCAGCUGCAGAUAUGUCGCGACCACAGAGCAUGCCCGAUUUCACGGCAUUGAUGGAAUCAUCGACGUCACUCUUCGAAUCGUCACGAUCGAUGGAGAAGCGUAUUCAUAGUCGGCGCCAGACGUCACCAGAGCGAAGAGCUACGCAUGGGCGCACGAGGCCUAGCAUCUCGCUUGCCGCUGGCUUGAUGAUGAACAUUGAUAGCCCGUUGGCGACGGGUUCGCUUUCUCCACGCCGGACAAGUUCGAGUCGAUUUGUAGAACGAAAAAGACCAGAUAUGGAAGACGGCGAGAGUCUGUUCUAUGCCUACGCGCUCAGAAGCGAUUACCCUUCGUCGCCCCCUUAUAUCCUCACCUUCGCCUCGGCCGCUGUCUGCUCGCAAUGGUGGGCGCUCGUCCAGACUGAAUACACGUCGUCAUCCCGGCCCAGUCCACAGUUCUUUGUUGUAAAGAGUGAGGACAUGGAGCUCAUACAAGACGACGCCAAGUUCUUUCAUCUCCGCGACAAGUGGUUCUAUACAUCACAAGACAGUCCAACAUGUCCUCCCAUCGUUCUGCCGUUGCAACAUCCUACUGGCAUCCCUGCUAUUGCGCCACCACAGCCAGCUGAAGAGAAGGCGAACACACCAGCUCUAGAUAGUCUAGCUGAGAGUCUGGCCAGGCUGGCACAAACAGUAGAGAGCAAUGCCGAGCACGUUCGUGCGCUUUCAGUCGCGCAGUCUACUGGCCUUCAGGCAAUGCAGGAAAUCAACGAGUCAAACAGUAUCCAGAUCAAGGCCAUUUCAGAAUCUCAGAUCAAGCUCCAAGCGUUGGUCGACCAGAACGCGUCGCACUACAUUGCCCUCUCAAACAAAUCAUUCCAGUCGCAAGAACAGAGCCGACAAGCUCAGGAACAAACAUGCAAGUCGCAACAGCAGACCCAAGACAUCCUCCAGACCACGGUAGCCCAGCUGCAGACUCUCUCAAGGAACCAAGCCGAACUCUCGCAGACAUGCCAAGGCUUGUUGCACAGCAUCGAGAAUAUCAGCAUUUGCGUCUCACAGUUCACUUCCAAUGCCAUAUCAGAUACCGCAAGUAGCAACUCGCUAUGCACUACCUCCUCCGGUCCUGUUGGUAGUCCCAUCAGACCUGGGCCGAGAAAGCUAAACCGCAGAGUCAAAGGCGUCUGGUACGAAUAUGACAAUAUGCCUGCCCCGAGCGAGACAUCGAGGCGGAGAGUGGACUCUGGAAGUAUGCUCACUCCGCCGAAGAGUCCGACCAUGUACAAGCAUGUAUGA